UCCCACUGAAGUUGCGACCGCUGUCUCCAGCCUGUUGGAAGAGAUUGGAGCUUGGGAGCAAGCCCGUAUGUUCCCUGUAGAAGGUCUACUGGCCUGUAUGAGUUCGACAACUCCUACGGUGAGAUCGGUAGUCAACGACCAGCUCCUCGAGAAAGAAAAUGACGGUUUGGAGAAGCGUUCGCUGGAGGUGCGUUCUUCCGAAGAUCGUCCUGUGGCUUCGAUUACCUCGCCUAGAAGACGUUCUUCCAAGGAUUUUGACUGGAGCACUGAUCAAGUUCUGCAACGAGCUGGUGUUCCUCACCCUGGCUGGGGUGAUGCUUUGAAACCUCGGCCCGAUGUACGGUUUAAUGAUGUAGUCGCACGCUCUUCGGCCCGGUCCGGUCGUGGAGACGUGUGGUGGUUAUACGACGACGAUAUUAAGGUCACGGAUCCUACCGAGCUUGAAGACCUUAAGGAUUUCUGGAAGGGUUUCCCAUCUGCCUGUAGAGGUCUAGCUGAAGACGCUGGGUUGGUGAUCAACCACCCUUUAUGUGCCGGCCAGAUCCCCGCUUGGGACUGGGAUGUCUCUGGCAAGAUGCUCUUCCUUAGUGAGCUACUUGCUGGCCCGAGAGUGUGGAGGAAGGAUGGUAACGUUUGGCCCGAGCCUUACUUGGUUGCGGCCAACGGUAUUUUGGGAUGGCUGAGAUCUGCCUCAGUUCCUGCUCUAGCCGUCUUCUACCACUGUGAAGGGGGGCACAUAGAUGGCCCGCGUCAUUGCCAGCGAGCUCUACAUCAAGUUCAACGUUUGGCCCGGGUUAUGCCUCUCCGGCCCGAUGGUACGGUCUUCGUUGCCCGUUCUCUUCGUGCUUUUCUGCCCGUGAUGAAGGAUGAGCUUGGUCGUGAUAGUGGUCUUCGUAAGCCUGAAGCCCUAGUCCAGCACAUCUACAAGUACGAGGCCGUUCGCGCAAGAGAGGGAGUACAGCCAUUCCCUAACGAAGAAGCCUUCCCUUGGCCCGAGGUUUACUCUGACAUCAAGCCUGACGAGUGGUUUUAUGCACCUGAGACUGAUGAAGCCCGCCGCCAGCUGCGUCGUGACCAGUUGGCUGGCCCGUAUUCGCUGAACUCCUGGUGGAGGUGGGAUCCUAAGAUCGAGCUCGAGGACGUGUCCAAUUGGGUUUUGAAUCGCUAUAAGUCUGUCGGCCCUUAG